AUGGCUGAAGCUCUUGUGGAGAUAGUGUUGGAACAAUUUGUUUCAAUCAUUCGUCAACAGGCGGAAGCAGGGAUAACUCUGAUUGCAGGUGCUGAGCAAGAAGUUCAAAAGCUUCAAAGCAACUUCCUGUCUAUUCAAGCUCUGCUUGCUGAUGCUGAGAACCGACAGGUGAAGGAGAAUGCCGUGAGAGUAUGGUUAGCUGAGCUGAAAAACGUGUCCUAUGACAUAGACGAUGUGUUGGAUGAGUGGAACACCAAGCUUCAGAGAUUGAAGAUUAAGAAAGUUGAAGAUGCUUCUAAUCCUCUGAAAAAGGUAUGUUCCCCCAUUCUUCACUACCUCAGUUGUAAGCCGUUGGUCAUACGUUAUGACAUUGGUGCCAAGAUUAAAGAUCUUGAUAGAAAUCUAGAUAAUAUUGCUGCUAAGAAAGAGAGGUUCAACUUUAGAUCAAUCACUGAGAGUAGCAAAGAAAUAGAACGACUAAUGACAACCUCUGCUAUUGAUUUAACAGAGAUUUAUGGAAGUGAUGAUAAGAAUACAAUAAUCGAUUUUUUGCUUACUCAGAGUAGUCAUGCACAAGACCUCCGCAUUAUCUCCAUAGUAGGGAUGGGAGGAAUUGGUAAGACUACUCUUGCUCAAUUAGUUUUUAACGAUGAUCAAGUGAACACCCAUUUUGAAAAAAAAAUAUGGGUGUGUGUUUCCGAGCCUUUUGAUGAGCUUAGGAUUGCCAAAGCAAUCCUUGAAUCUCUUACAAAUAGUGCUCCAAACUUGAACGAGUUAGAAACUGUGGUGCAAAACAUACGCCAACAUAUUGAUGGAAGGAAGUUUCUUCUUGUUCUAGAUGACAUAUGGACUGAAAAUCCAAAAAAUUGGGAUCAAUUGAAGCGCUCUUUUAAGUGUGGUUCUCCAGAAAGUAGAAUUUUGGUAACCACACGUAAAGAGAACGUUGCAAAUGUCAUAGGAACCACCAAAAUAAUCCCAUUGGGGACAUUACCUGAGGAAAAAUGUUGGUCAUUGUUUAGUAAAAUUGCAUUUUCAGGAAAAAGCAACGAAGAAUCUAUAGAAUUGGUAGAAAUUGGUAGGAGAAUUGUUGAAAAGUGUAAGGGUUUACCACUUGCAAUAAAGACUUUAGCGAGUCUUUUGUGUUUUAAAAGAAAAUAUGUCCAGUGGCAAAAUAUCUUAGAGAGUGAAAUUUGGGAAUUAGAAGAGGUAGAACAAGAAGUUUUUCGACCUCUACUAUUAAGUUAUUAUGAUUUACCCCCUACUUUGAAAAAAUGUUUCUCAUAUUGUGCUAUUUUUCCAAAGGACUAUGAGAUAAAGAGAGAACACUUGAUUAAGUUGUGGAUGGCACAAGGUUAUUUAAAGUCAAAAGUCUCAAAACCAAAUAAGGAUAUGGAGUUAGUUGGUGAAGAGUAUUUUGAAACCUUAGCAAUGCGUUCUUUCUUUCAAGAUUUUAAACAAUUUGAAAAUGAUAUUAGUGUAUAUUCUUGCAAGAUGCAUGAUAUAGUGCAUGAUUUUGCGCAGUUUCUUACUCAAAAUGAAUGUUGUACAAUAGAGGUUGAUGGUAUUGGAGAAAUUGAAUUAGAACCUUCUUAUGAUAAAGUUAGACAUUCCAUGAUAACAAUUAAAGGAGAGGCCUCAUUUCCUAGCUCUAUUUAUGCUAGAAAUACUUUUCUACGUAGCCUUGUGGUUGAUUAUAAUUACGGUUCUGACCCUAAGAUAGUUUUAUCCAAAUUAGUUGAUCAAUUUACAUGUUUAAGGUCACUAUCUUUGAAUCGUUGCUCAAUUAAAGAAAUUCCCGUAGAAAUAAAAAAAUUAAUACACUUGAGGUAUCUUGAUUUGUCCACGAAUGAAGACAUAAAAGAAUUGCCUGAGACAUUGUGCGGGUUAUAUAAUCUGCAAACUUUAGACAUCCAGAUUUGUUAUAAUAUCGAAAAACUACCUCAAGGGAUGGGAAACUUAAUCAACUUGAGGCAUUUGUUAAAUUGGUGGACUGAUAGUAUAAGUUACAUGCCAAAAAGUUUAGAGAGAUUAACUGGUCUACGAACAUUACAAAGAUUUGUUAUAAGUGAGGACAGUUAUGGUAGCGAAGCAUGUUCUGUUGAAUGUCUAAAAUCCUUCAAUCACCUUCAAGAAAUUGAUAUAAAAGGGUUGGGAAAUUUGAGAGAUGUGGAUGAGGUUAAGGGAAUAGAAUUAAACAAUAAGAAAAACUUGCGUGAUUUGGAUGUAGACUUUAAGGGGAGGAUGAAUGAGGAGCAAAAUCAACAACUUCUUGAGGAGUUGCAACCACAUCCAAAUUUAGAGAUAUUAAGGCUACGAAAUUAUGGAGGCAACACUGUUUUCCCUAACUGGAUGAUGUCAUUGACCAAUUUGAGAAAGUUAAAUCUUUAUGAUUGUAUAAACUGUGAACAUCUGCCUCCUUUGGGUAAAUUGUCGUCUCUUGAAAUUCUUGGGAUAGAUAGAAUGAAGAGUGUGAAAAGAGUUGAUAAUGAGUUUUUGGGAAUAGGGAGUGAUGCCACCUCAUCAUCUUCAUCAAUUAUUGUGUUUCCCAAACUGAAAUAUUUACGCUUAUCGGAGAUGCAAGAAUGGGAAGAGUGGAAUUACGAGAUUACAAAGACAGGAGAUGAAGAUAUUACAGUCAUGCCAUCUCUUCAGACCUUGAGGGACAAUCGUGAUCAAUCCACAGGUCCCAAAGUAUUUGUCGCAUUCUGCUGUAGUUGUAAAGAAGUGGGGAAUGCUGGUGCUGCGGAUGUUAAUCAGGACAAUUCUUCAGCGGCCAAAGACUUCAGACUGAUCCUUGAGGGCUUGGCUGACUGUAUAGCUUGCCGUGGAAAUGGACUGCAGCUACAUCAUGAUUAUGGUGUGGAGAUAAACUUGGAUGAAUCUUAUUUGGGAUAUGUGGUGUGGCUGCCAAAGCCACAACCUUGUUCGGUAUACAAUGCAGCUUCACUAGCAUAUAUUGCUGAUUGUAUUUACAAGAUAUAUGCUUGCAGGCGCUUUUUGUUUCCUCCGAGUAUUGAAGGAUAUAAUGAUCACAUAAUGGCAGUAGUAUGCUGUGAAGCACAAGAUCCUUUGCUCCAGAAACUUCUUGAUGAUAAGUACUUAUCAGCGGAAGAAAAGGAUGUUCUUCGCUGGGGAAAGAAUAUCAUCUCUGCUAAAACACGGACAAAAAAAAGAGCUGGCACAGCAGUUGACAAUAAAGCAUCUUCCCUAGAAACACUAGUGAUUUGAGGUGUGAAGUGUGUUGCUCAUUUUCAAAGUUCAUCCAACUCUGUUUUUUCGAAAAACUGGCUGCUUAUGGAAGAACAUUCCAAGAAUCUGGUGUCACUUAAGCAAAUCAAUCAUCCCUUGACAAUCCUGAAAAUGGAAUGAGAUCCGAUGACAAGAGAAAAGGAUGACCUUUCACUACCAAAGAUAGUUAACCAGAAGAAAACAAACCCACAGAGAGAUUAAUGAAGGGAUUCUCAGGCAACGGUUUAUAAGCUUCAAGGUAGUCUGUUGCAGCAUCUUGAUGAUGGCUGGUCAUGGUAAACUGAUGUCUGGAAAUGGUACUGGGUGGCACACAAUCUGCAUAACCAUGAAUAGCAGCUCCAAGAAGUGAGACGGUGUGGAUACAGCAUAACCAUGAAUCUUACACAGCCGAAGGAAAGCUCAGGAUCCUUCUUGUUGCAUGAAAUCUGUGUAUAAUGUUAAAACAUGUACUUUCCUUUAGCAAAGGCUCAGAGUAUGCAUAUUUUAAUUCCAAGGCAAGUUGUCAAUUAAGGUGAGAAAAGCUUCAGGAACUGAAAAAAUGAAAAAGAUUCUCUAAGUUCAGAACAUUAAAGCUCCAAGAAACUUCAGCUCAUCCUCCUUAAUUGUAAAUUUGUUGUAACCUGAUUUCCGAGCAAGGUUAAUAACCUCAAAUGUCUUCCUAUACCUCUUCAAUGGUCCCAUUGUCUUGCAAGUUGCGACAACUAUUAACAAUA